GCCAACCUCGAUUAAACAAGUUUCACCAUGAGCACGCUCCAUUUUAAGAAUUUCACUAUUGCUUGUUCAACAUAAUUCGGCAAUAGCGUCCACGGAAUCAUAUCAGCCAGACUGUCUACUUGAGUAGACAACGUCUGCCAUCGACAUAAAAUAACCAUGGCGCCGUCUAUCGGAUCGGCCAAGAUCACACUGUCUUGUCCUCUUUUCGCUGCGGACUUUGACCCUCAAAAUCAUGGUCUCCUGCUUGUCGGAGGUGGCGGUGGUGAAGGUCGCAGCGGGGUAGGGAAUAAAAUUACCCUCUUAAACACCUCAAAACGAUACAAGGUCUCUGAAAUUGUUGACAUUGACCUUUCACAAGAUGAAGACUCCGUUACCUCUCUGGCUGUGGCUAAACCCGAAGAGAAAUCAAUGGUCGCCUUUGCGGGGAUUAACAGUUCUCAGGCCGAGCAAAAGAAAGGGAACAACCGACAUCUGCGGUCCUUCGAGCUAGAAUACCCACCACCACGAAAGAGUCAAGCUGACACUACGGAGAGCAAGGAGGAGCCAAAUGAGAAUAAUAAGCAGGGGAAGACUACGCCUCUGUCUCAAACUGCUUUGUUCAGAGCAAACGCUGGCAAAUUGAAGCCAGGCGAGAAAGUCGACACCUAUCAGAGGUUGCUGCGACUGUCGCCUUAUCGUAGCAUAACCUCUCCCAGAAUCGGCGCGAUUGCAACUGGGUUGGCUCCUGUUGGAGAGAUUGUUCUGUUCAACGUCACUGCUUCUCCUCAAUCGUCGGAUGUCAUUGGGCGAAUCCGCCUAGAUGCCGGUGAAGAGGCUGAAGAUGUGGAUAUAAUAGACCUGAAUGAUGGGAAAUAUCUUGUGGCAUACACAAAUGGCACCGAUGUCUACACAUUUCAGAUCUCGUCACAACGAUCUGACGCCUCCCCUGAGGUCAAAUCAGUCUUUACGAUAUCCAAAUCUCCAAAACGGUCCAAACUAAGGGCUCUACGAUUCCUUUCCACUAAUGCCUUAGUUCUCCUUGAGAACGCACCAAAUCGUACAGGCUCCGAACUGAAGCUGCUCUCUUUGCCCUCUUCAAAGGACACAGUUGGGAAAAUUGUACGUCAAAGAAAACUCCGUGGAUCCGUCAAAAUUGGAUUGGGUCUUGAUGUUGUCAAUCUGGAUGCGACUACGAAUGGCGACCAGCAACAUAUCAUAGCAAUCGCAGGCAGCGAUCAGUCUAUCGUAAUCUUCACUGUCGACUAUAACCCGAAAUCGAAGAAGUAUGGCAAACUCGACAAAUAUGCAACACUCAGUGAAGUCCACCCAUUCUCCAUGACCAAAAUUUGCUUUUCAUUUUUCCAACCCCCAUCUCACCCAGUUACCUCAAAAACUCUUCCACAAUAUGUCAAAAUUGCCUCGGUCAGCUUGGGCAAUACUGUCGUCGUACACACCUUGCCGCUUGCACCGUUUCCUCUUAAUACCUUAACGCCGCGGUAUGUGCUCAAGGUACCCGGACGACCCGAAUUCUGGGAAACAGUGUUCAGUUGCUCCGUUGCCCUUCUGGUUGUUGCAAUCAGUUGCUUUCUACUCCAAGCUUUCACCGAGAUUAGAGGUGGAACUCCUGCAUACAUCGGCGCCACAGACUGGCUCCCCACAAGACUUCGUGAGAAGAUCGCUCGGCCUUAUAUGUUCGAUGAGAACAAUAAACUGUUGAGCUCGGCUGUCUUCUCACCAGAAUCAACCGAGGCACCCCAGGCUCAAGUUUCCUCCAUAGUCACAGGCAAAGCGCUUCGUGGCCUGCUCGAAAGCCGACAGGAGAGCAUUACCAGCAGCACUGAUGAUGGCGCCGCGAAUACACCCAGCUCAUCAACUUUCAAAGACGUUGAUCCACCUUUGAACACUCACAUUAUCGUGCAACGUAGCGACGAGGGGUCUAUUUCCGCACAACAAGUCGAGCACCACGAUGACGAAAGUUCGGUAUCCGAGAAACACAACGCGCGCAAGUGGGAAGACUUGCAACCAGAGGAACAAAGCCACUGGAAACGCUUUCUUUCCGAAGCCGGGCAUUGGGCUACAGAAGAAGGCGAACAAGUCCUUCAAGGCAUCUUUUUCGGCCAAAUAGGCGGUCUUGUUGGUGCUGCUGUAGGCGGUGGUUGAAAUACUAGUGUUCCCUGACAGAUACGAGUUGUUUCCAUUUGUUUUGUUUAGAAUGUUAAUGACUUGCAUAUAUCCUUUGCUUCUUAUUCAUUACUACACCUGGUUAUUCUGUUCUAUUCUAUAAAGGCACUUCGUCCCUAGAGACGAGAUGAUUAUAUGUAUCUUUUUAAAAGCAGAAAGCUUAAAUUUUUAACAGGGGCAUUGUACAGUACUGUCUAGACU